CGCCGGCGAACAUCACUUAAGCCUGACGGCAGGAAGGAGGCACAAUUACAAGAGGAGGAGUCAAACGGGUUUUGAGCAGCAGUGGUCCAGAAGAAGAAGAAGAAGAAGAAGAAGAAGAAGAAGAAGAAGAGUCCCAUCCGAACCGCUUAAACUUCACAAUCUAAACAUGGAGCGCAAAAUCCCGGACUUUUCUGGCACUUGGGAGAUGAAAAGCUCUGAGAACUUCGAGGAGCUUUUAAAAGUCUUGGGCGUUAACGUGAUGCUCCGCAAGAUUGCAGUGAAGGCGGCCUCCAAGCCAUUGGUGGAGAUCACGCAGGACGGAGAGACGAUGUCCAUUAAGACCUCCACCACCGUCCGGACCACUCACAUCACUUUCACCGUGGGACAGGAGUUCAACGAAUCUACAGUGGAUGGGCGUCCUUGCACGAGUUUUCCGCGUUGGGAGACGGACAGCAAGAUCAGCUGCGAGCAGACCCUGCAGAAAGGGGAGGGGCCUAAAACCUCCUGGACCCGGGAAAUGACUAACGACGGCAAGCUCAUCCUGACCAUGGGCGCCGACGACGUGGUCUGCACCAGGGUCUACGAGCGCCAAUGAACAAGAGCACUUCUCACUUUGGGUCCUUCCAGUCGGACUUAUUCCUGCAUCAUCAGGACAACCCCAGGAGAUGUCAACCUGUAGUUCGCUUUUAUUCCCAUAACUAUUAGCGUCAUCAUUUUGUCUUGCGCUCCUUCACCAUUUUUAUAGAUCAAAUUGAAAUACACUAUAUUGCCAAAAGUAUUUGGCCACCUGCCUUGACUCACAUAUGAACUUGAAGUGCCAUCCCAUUCCUGACCCAUAGGGUUCAAUGUGAUGUCGGUCCACCUUUUGCAGCUAUUACAGCUUCAACUCUUCUGGGAAGGCUGUCCACAAGGUUGCGGAGUGUGUUUAUAGGAAUUUUGGACCAUUCUUCCAAAAGCGCAUUGGUGAGGUCACACACUGAUGUUGGUCGAGAAAGCCUGGCUCUCAGUCUGCGUUCUAAUUCAUCCCAAAGGUGUUCUAUCGGGUUCAGGUCAGGACUCUGUGCAGGCCAGUCAAGUUCAUCCAUGUCUUUAUGGACCUUGCUUUGUGCACUGGUGCACAGUCAUGUUGGAAGAGGAAGGGGCCCGCUCCAAACUGUUCCCACAAGGUUGGGAGCAUAGAAUUGUCCAAAAUGUUUUGGUAUCCUGGAGCAUUCAAAGUUCCUUUCACUGGAACUAAGGGGCCAAGCCCAACUCCUGAAAAACAACCCCACACCAUAAUUCCUCCUUCACCAAAUUUCACACUCCUACCACUUUGUGGCUGAGUUGCUGUUGUUCCCAAACUCUUCCAUUUUCUUAAAAUAAAGCCGACAGUUGAUUUUGGGAUAUUUAGGAGCGAGGAAAUGUCACGACUGGAUUUGUUGCACAGGUGGCAUCCUAUGACAGUUCCACGCUGGAAAUCACUGAGAGCGGCCCAUUCUUUCACAAAUGUUUGUAGAAACAGUCUCCAUGCCUAAGUGCUUGAUUUUAUACACCUGUGGCCGGGCCAAGUGAUUAGGACACCUGAUUCUGAUCAUUUGGAUGGGUGGCCAAAUACUUUUGGCAAUAUAGUGUAUGUCAAUCGCCUCGUCUGACUUUUUUCGCUGUGUGUGCGCUUUGUGAGAUGUGAGCUGCCAGCUUCUUUGGCCCUUUUGACUCCAACUGUUUUCCUGUGAUAUUUAUUACUACACUAUAGUACUGCCAAGGUUUCUAACUAGUGUCUCCCUUGUAUGACGUGAUCAUAUCAAGCAACCUUUUCUAUGGCAAAACAAUAAAGCAGCAACUUUGUCUUUGAACUUGA